GGCGCUCAUGCGAAUGGGAAAAAGGAAAGAAAAACACUUGUGAACUUUCGCCUCAGCAGAAAAGUUAAAACUGUGAUACAUGCAAGAAGAAAUCUGUGUUAUCUGCACUGUUAGACGAAGCCAAUGGACCAAAUUAAUAACAACAGUGAAGAUCCGAAACUGAUUCCAGAUCCAGGAGGACGAGAGCCAGAUGAUUUCCCAGCAGAGAAAUUGUUUGGUCGACAGCUGAGUGAACCAGGACGUUUUGCCUAUGCUGGAUUAUGUGGCGUGUCUCUGGGUCAGCUGUUUCAAGAACCUGAGCAAAAAUGUUUCCGUGAGAAGUAUCUGGAGAGUCUUAUACGAUGGCUGAAUCUGGAUGAGUCUGUCAUGCCGGUAAUGCAGGCCUUUUUGGCAGGGCAUGGGUUUGAAGGUACUGACACCUUCCUGUCUAUCAUAAACGCGGAGCCGCUGCUCAGAGGCGGAGCCUUUCCUAUCACUCAGGAUCUUGUGUCAUUUUCUGUCAAAGAUGGACAUUACGAUGCGAGAGCUCGGGUUCUGAUCCGACACGUCAGGUGUCUCCUGCGCGUCUCCCAGCAGCAGCUGGAAGAUUUUGAAGAGACACUUGGAGAGAAAUUGAGAGAGGCAGAAGAGGAGAGCGAAGAAGAAUCAUCUAGAAGGCAAAAGAAGGAGAGGGGUCGUAAAUUCCGACGCUAUCUGCUGAUUGGUCUAGCCACUGUGGGUGGGGGAACCGUGAUUGGUGUGACAGGGGGGUUGGCGGCACCCCUGGUGGCCGCUGGUGCCGGGGCCGUGCUGGGUGCCGGUGGAGCGGCUGCAUUAGGAUCAGCUGCGGGCAUUGCCAUCAUGGCUUCUCUGUUUGGAGCCGCUGGAGCUGGAUUAACAGGUUAUAAAAUGAACAAGCGUGUUGGUGCUAUAGAAGAGUUCGAGUUUCUGCCAUUGAGUUCAGGGAAGCAUCUUCAUGUCACUAUUGCUGUGACCGGAUGGCUCUGCACUGGCAAAUACAGCUCAUUUCAGGCUCCGUGGUCCAGUCUGGGAGCGUGUGGCGAGCAAUACUGUCUGAAAUGGGAAUCUCGCUACUUAUUAGACCUGGGCUCUAUUCUGGACUCAUUAUGGGAUGGACUCGUCGGUGUCGUGGCUCAGGAAGCCCUCAAAUACACGGUGCUCUCAGGCAUUUUGACGGCUCUAACAUGGCCUGCCUCUCUGCUGGCUGUAGCCAGUGUGAUCGACAACCCGUGGGGAGUUUGCCUGAGUCGCUCGGCAGCUGUGGGGAAACAUCUCGCCCAGGUUUUGCGGAGCAGACAGCAGGGAAAGCGACCCGUCAGUCUGAUUGGGUUUAGUCUCGGAGCACGUGUCAUCUACUUCUGCCUGGAGGAGCUCGCUAAAGAUCAAGGUAGUGAAGGUGUGGUGGAAGAUGUGGUGCUGCUGGGAGCUCCUGUGGAUGGUUCAGAGAAAGUUUGGCGGCAGCUUUCCAAGGUCGUGGCUGGAAAGAUUGUCAAUGGAUAUUGCAGAGGGGAUUGGCUACUUGGAUAUCUGUACAGAAGUUCAUCUGUCCAGAUGUGUGUCGCCGGCCUCCAGCCAAUCAAUUCACAAGGCCGCAAAAUAAUUAACGUGGAUCUGUCAUCAGUGGUGAAAGGACAUCUGGACUACAUGCGUCAGAUGGACACAAUCCUCGUGGCAGUGGGUGUUCCCACUAGAGAAGAAGCAGGAGUCAGGAGCGGCCAAUCACAGCUGGAUAUUUUAACUCAGGAAAAGUCAGGCUCACUGGGGUCUGUCCCAGAUGAAGUCAAAGAGGAGCCGACUAUUGACACUUCAAACAGAAACUCAACAGAGACCAGUUUUAGUGAAAGCAUAAACCACACUGGAGAAAAGAGGACAGACUCUGAGAGUGGUUGGGAUAUUCCUGAUAUAUCAGACUUACUAGACUCUCUUAAUGACUGUGAUGAUGUCUCGGACCCCUGUCAGAAGAUCGAUCACUCAACGUGUGCCUUCGGAGCCGAGGAUCGUUUUGAACACAAACAACAGAGCGCAAGUUGCCCAGACAGUGACACAGACUGUGAGCGCACGUCCUGGGACUGGGACGACACACAGUGGAAUACAGAACGCUCAAACACAAGCCAACAAUCACACAGUGAAGCACAGGACCAAUAAACCAAUCCAAACCUGCAUGUUCUGAGCCAAGAGUAAUGACCUCAUGACAAUUCCCAUAUUCUCACAGAAUACAGUUUGUGUCUAGAUGGUAAACCUUGAUGUGCAAAACUUUUGUGAGAUUUGUUUUCGCUGCUACUGAGAUCAGAGGAGUUAUUGUGAAACUUGAAAUAAACAAAGUAUAUAAUUUAGGGCUGUCGCAAAAUUUUAGGUUUUACUAUAUGGUUAUCGUGGCAAAAAAAUAUUAGUGGAAUAUCUAUUGGAGUGAAAACAGAACUGUUUUUGAGAAUGUUUAAAAAUCAUGUAUCAUUUCUUACACCGUGUCUACACCGGAGGCGGCUCGGCACGAUGGGAUGCGACACGUGGCUUGUUCUAAUGGGAUUGUCGCACCGCGCCACGUCCUGUGUGGACAAAUUUUAAGAUGAUAAUGGCUUCUAAUUCGUUCUCUUUUCGCAUAGUACUGACUUUUUAAAGUUAUUAUUACUUAAUCAAAACAACCUAACUGCGGUUUGAUUGAUAUUACUUGGAAUGCACGUAGUAUAAUAAAACGUAGUGAUCUGUUUUUGCAAAAAAAUCUUCAAGUGCUUUUAAAAAAAAAUACAGCUGUCAGUCAAUCUUUAAUUUAGUUCAUUUUAUGGGGGUUGUUUUUGGCUACUGUAUUAUACCAAAGAUUAUACUCAGAAUUUAAAUGUAAGGAGAGUAACCGUUAUUGCUGUCAAGGCAAAAUUUGAAAUGGGUGCUGGAUUAUUUACAAUAUUUAACAUGUGUAGUAUUAAUAUAAUCAGGGUAUUUAUAGCAUGUUUAUAUUGUGACGCUGCUAAUAUAAACAUUGUUUGAAAAUCUCACAAAACAUUUUAAACAACAAGGUUUACCUACUAGAAAAGAAAAAAAACUUUAAAAAUCUAGAAUUGUUAAUUUAUUUAAUUUGACCUCUAAUGGAUAUAAAAUGUGAAGCUCGUAAAGAUGUAAUUUAACGUUUUUUUGUUAUAAACUACUGUGAAAACUCUGUUACCCUGUUCAUUAAGAAUUGUUUUUUUUUAUUAAGACAUGAAUUACAGAUCCAGAGACAACCCACUUGACAUUGUGUGAGGUAUUAGUGAGAUUUCUUUCGCUCUGGUCUGCUUUCUGCAUCUGUUGUUUUGGUUGUUAUGGUAAUAAAUGAAGCAGGAGGA